CGUCUAGCGUCAUCAGUGACAGCCCCGAUCCUUGCUACGCUUUGCGUCGCUCUGCCAGGAGCAGUCGCCUCCUCGUUGGCAAAUAGUCCUCGGCGGGGUCCGAGUUCUUGGGUAAUCCGAGGGGGGAGGCCCGAGGAGUUGCAGUCAGAGGGCGCAGGAUUGACAAGGAGGGAGAGAUAGGGACCGAAGUUAUUGAGGUAGUGUGGGAAGUUAGUUAAAAACCCGCUUCCUCCUAAGAAUCCCUCCGCCUGCAGUAGCGGUGGUGAGGCCGAGGGAGCCGCCAUUUUGGAUGUUCGGUUCCUGCUGCCACUGCUGCCGCCGCCCCCGAAGCUGCUGGUUUCAUUCGAGGUUUCGGGCCGAGGAUGCCAGCCCCCAUCAGAUUGCGGGAGCUGAUCCGGACCAUCCGGACAGCCCGAACCCAAGCCGAAGAACGAGAAAUGAUCCAAAAAGAAUGUGCUGCAAUCCGGUCAUCAUUUAGAGAAGAAGACAAUACAUACCGGUGUCGAAAUGUGGCAAAAUUACUAUAUAUGCACAUGCUGGGCUACCCUGCUCACUUUGGACAGUUGGAGUGCCUAAAGCUUAUUGCCUCUCAGAAAUUUACAGACAAACGCAUUGGCUAUUUAGGAGCAAUGCUGCUACUAGAUGAAAGACAAGAUGUCCAUCUUCUUAUGACCAACUGUAUCAAAAAUGAUCUUAAUCAUAGCACACAGUUUGUGCAGGGGCUAGCACUUUGUACCCUUGGCUGCAUGGGCUCCUCAGAGAUGUGCAGAGAUCUUGCAGGAGAGGUAGAGAAGCUCCUGAAAACCUCCAACUCUUACUUAAGGAAAAAGGCAGCACUGUGUGCUGUUCAUGUCAUCAGGAAGGUUCCUGAACUUAUGGAGAUGUUCUUACCAGCAACAAAAAAUUUAUUGAAUGAGAAGAACCAUGGUGUCCUUCACACAUCUGUAGUCCUUCUCACAGAAAUGUGUGAGCGCAGCCCAGAUAUGCUUGCACAUUUCAGAAAGCUUGUGCCCCAAUUAGUUCGUAUUCUAAAGAACCUCAUCAUGUCCGGAUAUUCCCCAGAACAUGAUGUUUCUGGUAUCAGUGACCCCUUUUUGCAGGUACGAAUUUUGCGGUUAUUAAGAAUUUUAGGACGAAAUGAUGAUGACUCAAGUGAAGCUAUGAAUGACAUAUUAGCACAGGUUGCCACUAAUACAGAGACUAGUAAAAAUGUAGGAAAUGCUAUUCUCUAUGAAACGGUUUUGACUAUCAUGGAUAUUAAAUCAGAGAGUGGACUGCGAGUUUUAGCCAUAAAUAUCCUGGGUCGUUUCUUAUUGAACAAUGACAAAAAUAUUAGAUAUGUAGCUCUGACAUCUUUGUUGAAGACUGUGCAGACAGAUCAUAAUGCAGUACAGAGGCACAGAAGCACAAUUGUGGACUGUCUAAAAGAUUUGGAUGUCUCAAUAAAACGGCGUGCAAUGGAAUUGAGUUUUGCCCUCGUAAAUGGGAAUAAUAUCCGAGGCAUGAUGAAGGAAUUACUUUAUUUUCUGGAUUCCUGUGAGCCAGAAUUUAAGGCAGACUGUGCAUCUGGAAUCUUUCUUGCUGCAGAAAAGUAUGCACCUUCCAAACGGUGGCAUAUAGACACAAUUAUGCGUGUUCUAACAACCGCAGGAAGUUAUGUUCGUGAUGAUGCAGUCCCCAAUUUGAUCCAGUUAAUAACCAAUAGUGUGGAGAUGCAUGCCUACACCGUUCAGCGCUUGUACAAAGCAAUUCUUGGUGAUUAUUCUCAACAACCUUUGGUACAAGUAGCUGCAUGGUGUAUAGGUGAAUAUGGUGAUCUUCUUGUAUCUGGCCAAUGUGAAGAGGAAGAGCCUAUUCAGGUAACAGAGGAUGAAGUGUUGGAUAUUUUAGAAAGUGUCCUAAUCUCUAAUAUGUCCACCUCUGUAACACGAGGUUAUGCCCUCACUGCCAUUAUGAAGCUUUCUACUCGUUUCACCUGUACUGUAAACCGAAUUAAGAAAGUGGUUUCCAUCUAUGGAAGCAGCAUUGAUGUAGAGCUCCAGCAGAGGGCAGUAGAAUAUAAUGCACUUUUUAAGAAAUAUGACCAUAUGAGGUCUGCCCUACUUGAAAGAAUGCCUGUUAUGGAAAAAGUGACCACAAAUGGCCCUACUGAGAUUGUGCAGACAAAUGGAGAGACAGAACCAGCUCCACUAGAGACCAAACCACCACCCUCUGGGCCGCAGCCCACCAGCCAGGCCAAUGAUUUAUUGGAUUUGUUGGGAGGAAAUGACAUAACACCUGUUAUUCCAACUGCACCUACGAGCAAACCAGCUUCUGCUGGUGGAGAACUUCUUGAUUUACUUGGAGACAUCACCCUUACAGGUGCUCCUGCUGCUGCUCCUGCCCCUUCCUCAGUCCCACAGAUAUCCCAGCCCCCUUUCUUGUUGGAUGGCCUUUCAUCCCAGCCUCUCUUCAAUGACAUCGCUGCAGGCAUCCCCUCCAUCACAGCAUACAGUAAGAACGGUUUGAAGAUAGAAUUCACCUUUGAACGGUCAAACACCAACCCCAGUGUAACUGUGAUAACGAUACAGGCCUCUAACAGCACAGAGCUAGACAUGACAGACUUUGUUUUCCAGGCUGCAGUACCAAAGACAUUCCAGCUGCAGCUUCUGUCUCCUAGCAGCAGCAUUGUCCCAGCAUUUAAUACGGGGACCAUCACACAAGUCAUCAAAGUUCUGAACCCACAGAAGCAACAGCUGCGAAUGCGGAUCAAGCUCACAUAUAAUCACAAGGGCUCAGCAAUGCAAGAUCUAGCAGAGGUGAACAACUUUCCCCCUCAGUCCUGGCAAUGAGGGUCUGGCACCAUUCUCAUUCUUACCCCACUCAAUCAAAGGAACUCUGAGAAGGAGGUUGUGAUUGCUGGCAAGUCCCCCCCAACUGUACCAUGGGCAUCAGGAGCUGAAGAGAACUGUUGAGGAGGAUUUUCCUGAAGUUAUUGCUGACCUUGAAGCAUUGUUAAAGACUAAUGUCCUCUCCUCCACUGUUGAGGCUGGCUGCUUCUGGAGGCUACUUUGCACUCUUCUUCCUCUUCUCCCGUUUCCACACUUCUCCACCCCUCCCACUUUUGCAGCCGGUAUCAACAUUCCCUGGGCCCCUGAGGCAAUUAGCAGCUGGUCUGGAGGAGAGGACUGGAAUUCUUGGCGAGAAAACACUCACUCUGUCUCUGCAGCAAAGAGUGCCCCUUCUUUCUACUGUUGUUUCUCUGUGGACUGGGCAAGGUGGGGUAUUUAUUCCUCACUAGCUGGGUGACCAUCUUCAGGCGCUUUUUACAUCUGGCAUUUGGAAUGGAAAUAUAACAAUGGACAUUAGGGAGCCCUGCCUUUUUCUCUGGUUCCCCCAAUGUUUGAAAGAGGCAUUAGGCUCCUGGUAGCCUUUUCUGUGCAUUGCUGUAUACACACAGACAGACACACAUGUAUGUAUGUUUGUUAUCAAGAACUGAUUAGACCUUGAGAGUUUAUUUGUAAACACUGGACAGAUGCAGUUAAAAAGAGCUUUUGUUGAGAUUGGCAUGAAGGAUAUGGUGCUCUAUUUGUAAUAGAAAUUUCCAAGGCUCUUCCAGCUCCCCUUUUCUCUCCAUUCCUUAGCUGUAGUCAUGAAUACUCUCCAUGAUUUUCAAAGUAAAUUCCACUUAAAGUGCAAAGUGGACACCUUCUAAAAGAUGCAUUAAUUCUUAUUAAUGAGCUAUUCCCAUCACAAAUUUUAAAGUUUCUCCCGAGCCCAUCACUUGCCCAUUUGAACUGUGGUAAAUGGGUGGAAAGAGGAGUCCACCAGUUUCAAAGAGCAGACUCCUUAACUACACCUUUGCCCAUAGGAUGAGUGAGUGUCAGACUCAUCCUGGAGCAUACAGGAGUCAUCCAUUACUCCAAACCUCCCUUUUUAUUUCCUGAGCCUGGCUUGGACCUUGGCAUUCCGUUUGAUUCCUUCUUCUAACUGGAACAUUUGUGUUGUAUCUGUAACACUGGCACUGAAAUAAAGACCACACGGUUAAAGAAAUCUUUCCUAUAUUGUACUUCAUGGUGUUGGAAUGAAGCCUUGUAGCUUCCUUGCCCCCUAUGUCAGAAGAAUCUUAUGGUCACCAUAGAGUAGGAAUAUACUUUCCUGAGUCUGAGAAAUUAGUCUCUCGAAAGAAACCAAUCUCAUGAAUAUCUGCAUUAAAGACUUGAGCUUUUUAAACUA